CUGCCCCGUAAUGGAUUUCACAACAUCGAGAACAGUUGCAAAACCAUCUUCGUUCUCUCCCACAACUUCGUCAACAGCGAGUGGUGCAAUUAUGAGCUGUAUUUUGCCCACCAGAGGGCCAUCGGACACUCGUUUGAGGACGUCAUCUUGGUGGUCAAGAAGAACGUCACCCUGAAGGACCUUCCGAAGAGGUUUCACAAGCUCAGGAAGAUGCUGAGGAAGAAGACCUACCUGGAGUGGCCUUCAGAGCCAAGCAAGCAGCAUUUCUUUUGGAUACAGUUGAAGAACAUUUUAGGCAGCCCUUCCACUGCCGGGGCUCUGGAACCAUGUCCUGCCUCAGAGGUCCCAUCAAUAACCUACAGCAAAAUGAACUUGCCAGGCAGCUGACUGCCCAAUUAUGGACUUGUGUUUCCUGGGUUGCAGUCUACUAAGAGACAGCUGUCACUGCCAAAGUUUACUGUGAAUUUUUGUUUGUUACUUUACCUGCCGGGAUCACCGUAGCUUUCUCCAAUGUGUCCUACCACUUCCAUAUGCAAGGAGAUGUAGGGUCUCUGUUGUGUAUGAGGGACAGUAUAGCCUAAAUACCAAUAGCAAGUGUGUGUUGGGGCUCUAAGACAUCACAACCUGGCCAACUGGCAAAUUGCACUUAUAUCCCCCCCCAUAUAAUUUAAUGGGAUCCCUUCUGAGCAUCUUUCUAUUUUUUUUCUCACGAUAUUAGCAUGAACUGAGCAGAGAGGCGCCCGGAGAUGCUUCCUGACUCAAGCAGAUCUGCUGCCUGCUGCUGGUGUUAUACAUUCAGGAUACUGGCAGGAAACAACAACUAAUAUAAUGAAAAAUAAUAGAAAAUGUGAAUAGCAGAGGUGUUUAGAAGGGUGGGUAUCUAGCAGUUUCCCAACAUCCAUUCAUUGUCUGUCCCUUUCCCUUCCCUGCACUGCUGGUUCUGACUCCUGAUACAACUCCCCAAUAUCCAUUCAUUCCUCAU